CCAUACGUACAAAUCCAAAAAAAAAACGAAUUCACUAGUCUUCCCAAUUUUGUAUCUAAAUUAUUGAAAAAGAAAGAAAUAAAGCAAAAUGCAAUCAUUAAAAUCACCUAAACGUAGUAGUUCACAAAAUGCAAAUGAAUCAUUAACAUCGACAAUGAUUCCAAGAUAUAAUAUUGAUUAUCAUAUAAAUUCUACAUUCAAUCAUAAUAAUAAUAAUAAUAAUACUACAAGUUCAUCAUUAACAACAAAUUCAUCAACAUAUAAUCGAAUAACACCAAGUACAACAGCAAAUACAACAACGAAUAAUACGAGUAGUACAAAUUCAAGCUCAAAAAAUUCAUCAACAAAUUUAAAUACAACUAAAUGGAUUGAACAAUUUUGUUCAACAGAUAAAUUUCUUUGUAAAGUUGAUACUGAUUUUAUAACCGAUGCAUUCAAUUUGAUUGGUUUGGAAGAGAAAAUUCCUUAUUAUCGUCAAGCAUUAUCAAUUAUAUUGGAUGAUUCAUCUGAUCGUUCACAUCCUGGUUCAUCAGCAUCAUCUACUGAAAAUUCCAACGAUGAUGGUCGUGAAAUUGAAAUUUUAUCUUCAGCCGAAAAUCUUUACGGUCUAAUACAUGCCCGUUAUAUAUUAACCGAUUCGGGUUUGAAAAAAAUGCUUGAAAAAUAUAAAAAACGUCGUUUUGGCCUUUGUAAUCGUUAUUAUUGUGAUCGUGCAUCAAUGUUACCAAUAGGUCUUAGUGAUGAACCAAAUAUGUAUUCGGUUCGUUUAUAUUGUCCACGAUGUAUGGAUUUAUAUGCACCACAAUUUAGUCCUAAAUCUGUUUUAUCUGAUGGUGCAUGGUUUGGUACAUCAUUUCCUCAUAUGUUUUUUAUGGUUUAUCCCGAAUAUCGUCCAUUACCAUCGACACAAAAAUUUACAGCAACAUUAUAUGGUUUUAAAAUACAUGAAAAUGCAUAUGAAUAUCAACGUGAACAAUUUGAAGCAGCUGAACGUGCAAGAAAACCGGUGUUUCUUAAAACAACAAUAUCAUCAUCAUCAUCAACAGCAGCAACAACAACAACAACAACAAAUGCAACAGCAGCUAUACAAUCAUCAUCAACAGCAACAUUCAAAAUGAAUGGUGAUCAUCAUAAUCAUCAACAUCAUUCAAUAUCAACAAUAGCCGAUUAGUGUUUACAGUGAAACAUUUCUCGUAUUUUUUUUAAUAAAAAAAAUCCUUAUGUAUACACCAUCCCUCCAAACAAACAAAAAAAACAGAAUACCUAAAAAACGCUUAAU